AUGAAGGGUGUUGCGGAGAUACCAGUCGAGAGGGAGAUUCGCCAAUUUCAUACUGGGGUGCAUAAUGAGAUAACGGAGUUUUUCGGUGAUGUCAACGAUAAAACAAAUGCGGCAUGGCAAACAAUCCUGGAUGCCGGUCUUAUAAAGCUGACCCCAGACCAAGCAAGUCGGCUCCCUCAUGAAACUGCGAGAAACCCUCAUGAUCCAUCCACCUACGUUGGUAUUUUAGAGGCGUUUCAUCAGUUGCAUUGCUUGAAUGCAAUCUGGGAAGGAUUCUAUGACCCAGAAAAAGGAUUUUCCCACCCAGUCCAUGGCCACCGUGACCUCCACCCGGAUCACUGCUUUGAAUACCUUCGCCAGAAUAUUCUUUGCUGGUCUGAUACCAAUAUCGGAACCAUUGCCUGGAACGUGACGCUUGGACAAUAUAAGCCAAACUAUGAGCCAGUCAAGGAGUGCUACAACUUCGAUAAGAUCCAUGAAUGGGCAAAAAGAAAGGAAAAUUUCGUUCGUAAUGAAUACGGACAAGGGACUUCACCUAUACUUUAA